AUGAUACAGUACAAGAAAGCCCAUUUGGGCACAGCCUUGAAGGCCAGCCCUUUUGGAGGCACCUUCCAUACAAAGGGAAUCGUGCUGGAAAAAGUAGGGAGAGAAGCCAAACAGACAGAUUCUGCCAUCAGGAAGCAUGUCAGGGUCCAACUGAUCAAGAAUGGCAAGAAAAUCACAGCCUUUGUACUCAAUGAUGGUUGUUUGAAUUUUAGUGAGGAAAAUGAUGAAGUUCUGAUUGCUGGCUUUGAUCACAAAGGUCAUGCUGUAGGUGACGUUCCUGGAGUUCACUUAUGGUUGUCAAAGUAGCCAGUGUCUCUCUUGGCCUUGUACAAAGGCAAGAAGAAAACACCACCAUCAUAAGUUUUGAUGAUGAAAACAGGAUAGUGAUCAAUUUCCAUAUUCCAAAAAAAAUUCUUAAACUGUAUGCUUCAAAAAACACUAUCAAGAAAUUGAA